GCUCAAAUAACCUUAUUGCCUAUCUCAAUCUUGUUCAUUAAAGAAUUCUUUGGCCCUUACAUGAUCAUAUUAGACCCUAAUUAUCCCCUUAAUUAUUAAACACAAUUAACUAAUCCUUAUAAUUAUUACUUAAAUUUACUAACAAUAACAAGUAUGAAGUAUUUGGCGACAUUUACUUUGGUGAUCGUAACGAUUUUAGGCGUUGCGAGUAAAGGGUACGAUUGUAAAAUAGUACAGUUCAUCUUCGGCGACUCGCUAUCGGAUGUAGGAAAUAAUGAGUAUCUUCCUAGAAGCCUAGCUAAGGCUAAUCUUCCAUGGUAUGGUAUUGAUUUUGGUAAUGGUUUACCUAAUGGAAGGUUUACUAAUGGUCGUACUGUGGCUGAUAUUAUAGGGGACGACAUGGGUCUGCCAAGACCACCAGCAUUUAUGGAUCCAAAUUUAGAUGAAGACAUGAUUUUGAGCAAUGGUGUAAACUAUGCUUCUGGAGGUGGUGGCAUCUUGAAUGAAACUGGUGGUUAUUUCAUUCAAAGGUUGUGUUUCUACAAGCAAAUAGACUUAUUUAAAGGAACCCAAGAGUUGAUUACUAGAAAAAUUGGCAUGAAUGAAUCUCGCAAGUUUUUCCAAGAAGCUCGUUAUGUGGUUGCAUUGGGAAGUAAUGAUUUUAUUAACAACUACCUCAUGCCGGUUUAUAGCGAUUCUUGGCGCUACAACGACGACUCUUUCUUGGACUACUUAGUCGGAACCUUUCGAGAUCAACUUAAGGUUAUGCAUAACUUAGGAGCAAGAAAGUUGAUGGUAUUUGGGCUUGGGCCCAUGGGCUGCAUUCCACUGCAGAGGGUGCUAAGUACAACAGGGGAUUGUCAAGAGAAAACAAACAGACUGGCCCAAAAAUUCAAUGAAGCAACAGGCAAGAUGAUGACAGAGCUAUCAAGAAGCCUGCCUGGUGCUAGCUACAGAUUUGGUGAUGCCUUUGAUGUUGUCAAUGAUGUAAUUACUAAUCCUACCAAAUAUGGGUUCCAAAAUUCAGAUUCACCAUGCUGUUCAUUUGGGAGAAUUAGGCCAGCAUUGACAUGCAUACCAGCAUCAGUAUUAUGUAAGGAUAGAAGCAAGUACGUAUUCUGGGACGAGUAUCACCCAAGUGACUCUGCAAACAUGAUCAUUGCUAAGGAACUCAUCAAGAAAUUCAAGUUUACAAGGGUCAAUCAAGACGAUAACAAUGCCGCUGCUCCUUCUCCUUCUCCGACACUUGCGGCCGACGUGGACACUCCUGCUGCUGAUGCUCCUUCCGCUGAUGCUCCCUCCAAUAGCUAAACAAUCCCUAAUGAAUUAAGUAGUCUAUAUUUCAGGAACAUAUAUAUUCAAUAGUUAAUUACUAUGAUUAUUAUUUAUGUUGAUUGUUAUUGUUAGGUCUACAAUUUGGUCCUUAAUGAAGGUAUAUUUGGUGCAACUAUAAGCUAAGGGAUUGUACAUUAUCCCUUUGUGAGCACUUGUUUAUCCAAAUGUAUCUUGGAAGUAAACUAUUCAGUUCGUAUCAUUAGCUAAUUAUAAUCAUCCAAAC